AUGGAUAAGGAGAAUAUUGAUAUAGACUCGUCAACGCCCUCUGCGAACGGGUCGCCGAAAAAGGAAGGUUCCAACGCCAAUUCAAACACAUCGGCAUGGCCAUUGAAGCCAGUGUCUCCCAAUAAGGCAGGAACAUCGUACGUGGGGAAGCUCAGUUUCCUUCAAAAUGACAACAUUGACUCACACUUUGGACAUAUACAUGCGGCACAUGAGGAGAUGCAACAACAACUCCAGCGGGUAGAAAUUCAGACGGCGCAGACCGGAGUUGAUUUGGAACAAUUGUGUGAUCGACUGAAGAACAACAACGUUCAUUUGAAUAAAUUAUUGCUGGGAUUAUCCGAGGGAGGGUUUUCCACAAGAGAGGAUAUAGAGGAGGUUUUAGCUACUUUGCAGGAGAUGAGCGUCAAUGUGAAGGACAAGACUUCUGGGGCAGAAGAAGGAGGGAAAGUUGAAGAGUUGGUGAGAAGUCUUUCUGAAGAAAUGAGAGAAAAGAAUUCCAAAUUCUUUGAUGAAUUGAAGGAGAAUAAAUCGGUUGUUCUAGGAGAAAUUGGAGUGAAUAAUGGGAUUCUUUUGGAAGGAAUGAAGGAAGGGAGAGAGAGUUCUUGUAAGGAGAUAAUUAAUGUUAUUUCUGAGAAGAUUGAGGGGGGUAGAACUAGUCUAUCGAAGGAGAUUGAAGGCGGUAGUUCUACUAUUUCUGAGAAGAUUGAGGGCGGUGUUUCUACUCUUUCUAAUGAGAUCAAAGAGAGUAAUUCUACCCUUUCUAAUGAGAUCAAGGAGAGUAAUUCUACCCUUUCCAAUGAAAUCAAAGAGAAUAACUCUACACUUUCUAAGGAAAUACUGGAAAGUAAUGCUACUCUCUCCAAAGAAUUACUGGAAAGUAAUACUACUCUAUCCAAAGAAUUACUUAACAGCAAUGCUACUCUAUUCUCAGAAUUAACCUCCAUUAAAGAAUCAUCUACCAACAAAGAACUCACAGAACUUGUUUCACAACAAUCAAUAGAAAUCCAAAGACUCACCUCAGCUCUUUCUGAACUUUCCUCCUAUACAAAAUUGGCCCAGGCCACAACUUCACUUGAGCAGAAAUACUCGUCGUUACAAUCGAAAUAUGAUGCGUUAUGUCACAGUUAUACCGCAAAGUAUACUUCCUUACAAGGACUUGAAGAACAAUAUUCUCGUCUUGUUGAACUUGUUCGUGAACUCCAGACGACUCCAGAUGAAUACACAGUGCCGAGAGCAUCAGCAAGAGUGAAUAAAUUCCACAAGUUACAUCAACUCCAUUCUUCCAAAAUGGGAGAAAUUCUGGAAUCUAUUCCUCAGAAAAAGUUCCUGGCAAAGAGAAUAGCAAGUACGCCCAACAAGACGUACAUAGGGGAAGAUGAUAAUAAUUCUGAUGAGUUUUAA